GAGAAAAGGAGGAGCACCACUCGUGGGGUUAAAACUUAAAACCCCGAGGAGUCGAGCCGAGCGCAUACGAGCAGCAGCACGAGGAGGAAGAAGAAGCGGCAGGAGCAGCGAAGCGAGCAAGGUCCAAGAAGCGAAGUGAGGACGGUUGCAAGCGCAAGCAGGAAGCCGCGACGAGAAGCAAGAGGCAGUAGCAGCGAGGGUGCGGGUGCCCCGCUCUUCUUCGUCCCCACCGGCGGCGGCGGCGGCGGCGGCGGCGGUCGGAUCUGCGGUUAAGCGGCGGCGGGUUCCCCGGAGCUCUGAACUGCCGUUCCAGAGCUCGCGGCGGCGGGAUCUGAGUUCACUCGCGCGGGAGGAGGUUUCGCUGUGCCGGCGUGCCUCCUGGUGCUGCCGGAGCCGCAAAGGCGGCGCCUUUGAGCAUUGCCGUCCAUUCCCCGCAAGCUCUCAAGCUUCCCCGUGAUGUAAAUUUGAGCUCUCGGGUCGAAAAGGCUGCGCCGGGCGGCUGCGCGGAGCGAGGAGGUUUGACCGGUUCGGCGGAGGAGGAAGUGGCGCUGCCAGGCUGCUCAAUCCGAAGCGGGGAGGCGCGUGGUUUGGCGUAGAGAGAAGGGACCUUGCUUCGAUUCUCUCUUUCCCUUCCCCCACUCCAUUUUGAACGCUCCUCCAACGCGUUUUGGAUCGGUCCGCGAGUGGUGGGGGGAUGAUGAAGCUCUCGCCGUCGGCCGCCGGCGGUCUUCAGGACCAGCCGGCGUCGCCUGAAGGUACAGUAUUCUUAGCGUGGACUAGUCUGGACGGACUACAGCACCAACAUCACGUCCACAUCCCAGGCCUCCCGAAGCAAGCACGUCAUGAAAUUUGAAGUGCAGGGGCGUCACCACUAGCCAGCUGCUCUCAGCACCGUCGUUUGACCUCGCCGGCCGGCAGCGGGAUACAGGAUACCCGAUGGUCGAUGACUCGACGGCAACUCGCGGCAUGGCACUACAGCAGCAGGCGCGCGGCCGCGAUUGCGGCGUCGAGUUCAAGGGAAGACAAAUCGUCGCGGCACUAUAGCAACACUAGUUUGAGUGAUUUGCAUCUUACGUUACCUCCCUUGGCCUUUUGUACUUUAGGUUAAUAAAAUUAGCAUGUGUAUUAGCAGUUACUGGGUUUAAUUUUGGUGGCCCCUAGGAAUGGGCGGCCCGGUGCUAAUGCGCCGGCUGCACUGCCCAUUCGACGGCCCUGCGGCUUAGUUCAUUAGUACUGUCCUCCUCCAUGGAUAGCUUACGUUUGCAGGAUAAGUUAAAUUACGUCUGCCCCUUGCUUUAAAUUUCUUAGUUAUCAUGUGAUCCAAAUCAGUCCAAUGUGGCAAGCUAUCUGUUCAGUCUUCUCUUCAUGCAAUUGUUUUUGCUUCUUCUUGAAUCCCAUUUAAUUCAGUGAAAGAAAAUUAGUAGUAUGGAUUUUCCCCCCCUCGAUGCAGACUUAUUAAGGGAAAAAAGAAGAUAUUUUCAGAAGCUUCUUUAUUUUAAUACCUGUGUCCAUUUUAUAUGAAAAAAUUGUCCUCUCAUUCAUAGUACCUUCUUAAAAAUCAUUUUAUGAGCUUGGUUAAUGCUUUGCUUACUAGAUGCUUACUAGAUCUAGAAUUGUUUCUGAACUUAGGAGAUAAUUUAUAGACUUUAUACUGUUAUGUCUUCUACUUAAAUGCUUUUGCCUUUUCAGAAGCAGAAGAGAACAAGUGCCUAAAUUCUGAGUUGUGGCAUGCGUGUGCCGGCCCUCUUGUUUCGUUGCCUGCGGUUGGUAGUCGGGUGGUGUAUUUUCCUCAAGGCCACGGUGAGCAGGUAGCAGCAUCAACAAAUAAGGAAAUGGAAUCUCAGAUUCCAAACUAUCCUAGCCUGCCUCCGCAGCUUAUAUGCCAACUCCAUAAUGUGACCAUGCAUGCUGAUGCAGAGACAGAUGAGGUCUAUGCACAGAUGACACUGCAGCCACUCAGCCCCCAAGAGCUCAAGGACCCAUUUCUACCCGCCGAGUUAGGCAGUGCCAGCAAGCAACCAACAAACUAUUUUUGUAAGACAUUAACUGCGAGUGACACAAGUACACAUGGUGGAUUCUCAGUUCCCCGCCGAGCAGCAGAGAAGGUGUUUCCUCCACUGGAUUUCAAUCAGCAGCCACCAACACAGGAGUUGAUUGCAAAAGAUCUUCAUGGCAACGACUGGAAAUUUCGUCAUAUCUUUCGGGGUCAACCAAAGCGGCAUCUUCUGACAACAGGUUGGAGUGUCUUUGUUAGUGCAAAGAGACUGGUUGCUGGAGACUCCGUCCUUUUUAUCUGGAAUGACAGCAACCAGCUGCUUCUAGGCAUUCGUCGAGCAAACAGGCCACAGACUGUCAUGCCAUCAUCGGUACUUUCUAGUGAUAGCAUGCACAUUGGUCUGCUCGCUGCAGCAGCUCAUGCUGCAUCAACAAAUAGCCGCUUUACUAUUUUCUAUAAUCCAAGAGCAAGCCCUUGUGAGUUUGUCAUACCGUUGUCUAAGUACGUGAAAGCUGUGUACCAUACCCGUAUAUCUGUGGGUAUGCGUUUUCGGAUGUUAUUUGAGACAGAGGAAUCUAGUGUCAGGCGAUACAUGGGGACAAUUACAGGAAUAAGUGAUCUUGAUCCUGUUCGCUGGCCGAACUCACACUGGCGUUCUGUAAAGGUUGGAUGGGAUGAAUCAACUGCUGGAGAGAAGCAGCCAAGGGUGUCUCUUUGGGAGAUUGAACCAUUGACAACUUUACCGAUGUAUCCAUCUCCUUUUGCUCUUGGAUUAAAGCGUCCAUGGCCUACAGGCCUGCCUUCUUUAUAUGGUGGAAGGGAUGAUGGCUUGACCUCUUCUCUUAUGUGGCUUCGAGAUGGCGCAAACCCAAGUUUCCAGUCGCUGAAUUUUGGUGGGCUUGGUACGAGUCCUUGGAUGCAGCCGAGGAUGGAUAAUUCCCUACUUGGUCUGCAGUCUGACAUGUACCAGACCAUAGCAGCAGCAGCAGCGUUACAGGGAACCACAAAACAAAUCCCACCUUCAGUAAUGCAGUUCCAACAGCCUCAGAAUAUAGUAGGCAGAUCUGCUCUCCUAUCUAAUCAGAUUAUGCAGCAAGUACAGCCUCAGUUUCAGCAAAUUUACAGCCAAAAUAUCAAUGACAACACAGUUCAAGGUCAUACCCAUGCUGAGUACCUCCAGCAUCAGCUUCAACGCAGCCAAUCAUUUAAUGAGCAGAAGCCUCAGCUGCAUCCACAGCAACAGCAUCAAGAAUCACAGCAGCAGCAGGAAUGUAAGCAAACACCACAAAAUCAACAACUGCAUUGUUUGCCAAAUGCGUUGUCAGCUUUUUCUCAGCUUUCUUCAGGCACUCAAUCUCCAUCUUCCACAUUGCCGACAGUUCCAGCAUUCUCAAAUCAGAACUUUCCAGACACCAACGUCAGCUCUCUCGCACCAUACGGUGGCUCUUCCAUGCAAGGCAUGUUGGGACAAUUACCAUCAGAAGCAGCUUCAAACCUCCCAUGCGUGGCAAGAACCACUCCUUUACCGAUAUCUGAUCCAUGGUCAUCUAAGCGAGUUGCAGUGGAGUCUGUUAACCCUUCUCGACCUCAUGCUGUUUCAACGCAGAUAGAACAAUUGGAUAUGACCCCGUGUAACUUGCCACAAAAUUCUGCAUUAGCACCGUUACCUGGACGAGGAUGCUUAGUGGAUCAAGACGGGAGCUCUGAUCCUCAAAACCACCUGUUAUUUGGUGUUAACAUAGACUCGCAGUCACUUUUGAUGCAAGGUGGCAUUCCAGGACAUCAGAAUGAUAAUGUUUCAAGCACGAUUCCAUAUUCAACCUCCAAUUUCCUGAGCCCUUCUCAGGAUGAUUUCCCCUUGAAUCAGCCACUACCUAGUGCAGGCUGCUUAGAUGAGUCGGGCUAUGUUCCAUGCGCAGAGAAUUCUGAGCAAGCAAAUCAACAGUUUUCAACCUUUGUGAAGGUUUACAAAUCUGGAACCGUUGGAAGGUUGCUCGAUAUCACUAGAUUCAGCAGCUAUGAUGAACUUCGUAGCGAGGUGGGGCGUCUAUUUGGCCUUGAGGGCCAGUUGGAAGACCCUUUGAGAUCAGGCUGGCAGCUUGUAUUUGUCGAUGGAGAGGACGAUGUCCUUUUAGUUGGUGACGACCCAUGGCAGGAAUUCGUGAACAGUGUCUCCUGCAUAAAGAUACUUUCUCCGGAGGAGGUUCAGCAGAUGGGCAAGCAGGGCAUUCAGCUCUUGAGCUCGGCUCCUGCCAGAAGGAUUAGCAAUGGCUGUGACAGCUAUGUUAGCAGGCAGGAAUCAAGAAGCCUGAGCACUGGAAUGGCACCAGUGGGUUCGGUUGAGUUCUGAAGAUAGAAGAAUCCCAUAGCCAUGGCGCUACCGCUCUAGGAUGCCCCUUCUGUAUGUUUUCUGCGGCUCUUCCUAGUUUGGCUUGGAACCAAGCACAUAGAUCUAAUGUAGCCCUACGUUCUACGCCACCUGAUGAUUAUAUCAUAUAUGAUAUAGAUUUUAGCAGUCCGUUUUUGUAUACAUGCCAGCAUUUACUUCCAUGUAAUAAUACUAAUACCACUAAUUUAGUGCAUCUACUUGUUCUGCACGUGCUGGUGCGAUAUAGUGCA